GAGAGGAGAGGAGAGGGGAGGGGGAGAGAGCCGCGACGGCCAUGGAGGACGCCGCCUCGGAGAUCAGCGACUGGGAGGUUCUCUCCGCCGCCUCCGGCCACGUGGGCGACGAGGGGGACUUCGUGGUGAUCGUCUCGGGCGAAGGCGCUGGCGGCGGGGGCGGGGGCGUGCUCCAUGACCACUUCGCCCUCGGCCCCUCCCCUGACGCUGGGUUCCCCGGCGGCGAGGGAGGGCGCGAGUGGUCGGGGCCCUUGUCUGACGGCGAAGGGGUUGGUUUGUUGGAUGGAUUGGGUUCGCUUUCGGCAGGGAGAUUGGAUCUCUUCGAGGAGGAUUGGAGCGAGCCGUUGCCAUUUGGCGGGGAUGAUGGGGCCGCCGGAGUAGGCUCGGCCCUGGGCGCCGCUGUCCCAUGCGAAGCGGCCUUGAGCGGAGAGGAGAUGCGGGAUGAAGCGGAGGUUGAGGAGGAGGAGGAGGAUGGUGCCACGCGCAGUCGCGGCGAGCUUGAGUUUGCUCCUGGAGAGGAGAAUUUGGAUUCUGACGCAACCGUGGGUGCAUAUUUAUCGCAAUUCGAGUCACUGGAGGAUUCUGAUGUGCAGCUGGGAGAUGGAGGCGUUACUGCGGCGGGAGGAAGCUCACCUCCUGAAACUCUUGGAAUUGAUGGUGCAAUGGAGACUCUACAAGAGGAGCCGGUUCAAUCCAGUUGCGGUGAACCGAAAGGGUUGGCGAAGGAUGGAUCCUUGCCGCUGGUUCAAUCCCUGGAUGGACGAAGCUCACUUCCUGAAGCUGCUGAAGUAGGUGAUGCAAUGGGGACUGUCGAAGAGGAGCCAGUGCAAGGAAACAGUGGUAAUGCCGCUUCCGGUUGCGGUGAACCCGACGGCGAGGCGAAGGAUGGUUAUUUGCCUCCGGCUCAAGCCCCAGGUGUCGGUGAAGGAGACAAGCAGGUAGUCGUGUGGUGGAGGCUGCCGUUUAGGUUGCUGCAAUGUUGUGCUUGGAAGGUGAAGCCAGUUUGGUCCUUCUCCAUUGCCGCCGCAUUGCUGGGGAUAUUUGUGCUUGGGAGGAGGAUGUACAGGAUGAGGCGCAAAGCCCGGGGACUUCCGCAUAUUAAGAUUGCAUUUGAUGAUAAGAAAACCUCCCAGUUUGCAGAUCGUACAGCUCGUCUCAACGAAGCCUUCUUUGUGGCAAGACGUAUACCUAUGCUGAGGACUACUUCCGGUGCUGUGUUCCCAUGGUCAAUGGUUCAAGAAAGAUGAACUGUCCUAUAGAAACUUCCAUAAAAAGAAGAUAACGUGUUGCACGAGCAAGCAGCAGAUCUGCAUGAGGAACAC